AUGCUGCAUCGAGUGAACCCGAUAAAGCCCCUCCUUCAGAGUCAUACAAAGUUGUAUGUAUACAAUGCUGAUAAAGAACCACCAGAAGAACAUAGAGCGGAGGUGAAGGCGCCAACACUGGGUGCUGGGGGGCGCGGGGCCGAGAUAAAGCCGUCGGCGCAGGAUGAGGCCGCGUUGAAACGAGAGAGAAUUUAUGAGGGUGUUCUCGUUCUAGCGGGGGUGAGGCCGCUCGCGCGGACCACGCGUGUUGUCAUAAAGCCGUAG